AUGGUACUAAUAAAUGGCAUUAAAUAUGCUUGUGAACGUUGCAUUAGAGGUCAUAGAGUCACAACAUGUAAUCAUACAGAUCAACCAUUAAUGAUGAUAAAACCAAAAGGUAGACCAUCCACAACAUGUGCAUAUUGUAAAGAAUUAAGAAAAAGUAAAGGUAUUAAACCUCCAGGAACUUGUACAUGUGGUAGACAAGAAAAGAAACGAUUAGCUCAAAAGGCUAAAGAAGAAACUAGAGCAAAAGCAAGAGAACUUGCUGGUAAGAAUUGUACGUGUAAUAAUAGUAAUAUAAUAGAUGGUAUAGAAAUAUCAAAAGAAAAUAUGAUUAAAAAAUGUCCAGUUCAUUCAAAGAAAACUAAAAGAUCUCCUUCAAAGAAAAGAACCACAACUAAUAGUACAACUGGAUCUAUUUCAUCAUCUAUUAAUCAUAAUCAUCAUAAUCAUCAUCCAAAUAAUAAACCUAGAGCAGGCAUUUUCCCAAGAGUUAAUUCAUCUACAUCAUUAGAUAGUAAUUUCUUAUCUGCAAGUAGUAUAUUAUCAGAUUCAUCAAAUCAUCUCUCAACAAAUUUUAUAGAUUCAGAUAUUUUAUCCGGAAAAAUUACUAAAGAUUAUCAUCAUGUUCCAUCAUUAGCAUCAAUCUCUUCAUUACAAUCAUCAAAUUCUUUGGAUCAAAAUAUUUCUUCUCCACAAAGUCCACCACUUGGUGCAAUGCAAUUCAAUUUCAUUACCGGCGGAUUUAAUAAUAAUAACAAUAACAUUAAUAACAAUAUCAAUAAUUCUAGUGGUCUACAUAAUGUAUCAAGAAAUUGGGAUAAUUCAAAUGGAAAAAGCUAUAGUAACCACAAUCAAAGCCAGAACGGUAGUAAUAUAUCAUCUAGCCAAAUUAAUUUGAACAUGUUAGGUUCCUCGUCAAAUAAUAGUCAUACGAACAUGGGGAAAAAUUAUCAAUCGUCAUUUCAUAUUGGGUCUCCACCAGUUGGAAAUAAAUCUGCAUUGGCAUCGCCGCCAUUGAAACCAAAUCCAGGGGCUGUAAUUGUACCUCUCGAAGAAUUUGUUCCACCUGAUCUCAAUGGUGUUGGAAGAGUUACAGAUAGUAGUUCCUAUGUUAAUGACUGGGCUUUAAAUGGUGGUGAAAAUGCAUCCUUUAAAGAAUAUGGAUCCAGAUCCGACUCAAGAAAAAGUAGUAUUGUUCCCUCAGUGACUAGUAACGAAGCUGAUGAUUAUAGUAUACAUCAAUAUGGGAAACCAUUACCUGAUAGACAACCUCAAGCAAGUAACGGAUUAUUAGACAUGUUCCUGGAUUCUUCUUCUAUUUCAACAUUAUCUAAAGCUAAUGUUCUCCUGCAAGAAAAGAAUAAUGGUAAUCAUAUUGAAAAGAGUAAACUUUAUACAGAAUCAUUUUAUCCAAAUGAGCGCACAAAAAGUCAAAGAACUACAGGUGAUAAUGAUAGUAUACGUAGUGUGGAGGUAUUAUCAUUAACACCAAGUUUUAUGGACAUCCCAGGCAGUUAUACGAAUGCAAAGAGAAAAACACGUCCAAAUCGUGAAGGGAAUAAUGGUCAAAUCCCAAUCUCAAAUAGUAACAAUAGCGCAAUAUCAUCGGUGUUUCAAAAUAAGCAAAGAUCUUCAAGUAUGGAUAGAAACCACAGAUAUAUUAAGAAUCUUGCAGACAAUACUAUUAAUCCAGAAGUUACUGAUGGUGGUGCGAUCUAUGACAGUUUUAAUAUUAACUCGAACAUGGAUGUAAACAAAUUUCCAAUAAUGAACGAUACGACAAUAGAUGAUGACGAUAAUAAUAAUAAUAAUACUAAUACUAAUACUACUAAUAAUAAUAAUGAUAUGUUUAAUCAUAAUAACAACAUCAAUAAUAAUAAUGUAAAUCAAAAUGACGUAGAUACGAACAAUUUAUAUUCCUCUGAAGCAUCACCAGUGAAUGCUUUACAAUUUAGCUCACCGCCAAGUCAGCUACUUUCCGAACAAGGAUUUGCAGAUUUAGACAAUUUUAUGUCGACUCUUUAG